UGUUGUCAUUGCACAUAGUUGUAAGUUUCUAUAUUAAAAACAAAGUGUUUUGUAAUAUAGAAUAACAACAGUAAUUGUAGACGUAAUGAAAAUUGUAUUGUUUGCCAAUUGAAUGUGUAUUGUAUCUGUGGAUAGUAUUAUUUUAAAGUAUUUCAUUCAUAUUAAUAAAAUAAAAAGUAAUAAAUUGAACUGAACGAGAGAAGAAGAAGAAGAAAAAAAUAUCAUACAACAAAAUGUUAAGCGUAUUGGAUAAUUGUUCGUAUGCAACAUUAUCAGCAAUAAACCAUCACGGAUCUACGCUGCCUGAGAUGUCACCCGACCAACAAAAGCUCCUAAUAGAGAUACGUAAACGAAAACAGGAAUUAUUGCUGGAGAUACAACAAAUAAAAGAUGAAUUAUGUGAAGUGGUCGCUGAAAUGGAGGCUCUCGACUCACAAGACGAUUGCAAGCACUCAAAUAAAGACAAACAAAUGUCGAUCGGUCGAAAAAAGUUUAAUAUGGAUCCGAAAAAGGGCAUCGAAUACUUAUGUGAAAACAAUUUAUUGCACAUGGAUGCCCAGGAUAUUGCGCAUUUUUUGUACAAAGGCGAAGGUUUAAAUAAAACGGCCAUCGGUGAUUAUUUAGGCGAAAAAAGUGAUUUCAAUGAACAGGUGCUAAAGGCAUUCGUUGAACUACACGAUUUUACAAAUUUAAUAUUGGUACAAGCUCUGCGACAAUUUCUUUGGUCGUUUCGAUUGCCUGGCGAAGCGCAAAAAAUCGAUCGAAUGAUGGAGUGUUUUGCACAACGCUAUUGUCAAUUAAAUCCAGAUAUAUUCACCAACACAGAUACAUGUUAUGUGCUAAGUUUUGCAAUAAUCAUGCUGAAUACGUCAUUACAUAAUCCAUCGGUAAAGGAUAAGCCAAGUAUUGAUCAAUUCAUAUCAAUGAAUCGUGGCAUUAAUAAUGGCGGUGAUUUACCACGAGAACUACUUGAAUCACUAUAUGAAUCCAUUAGAACCGAACCAUUUAAAAUACCACAAGACGAUGGAAACGAUUUGAUGCACACCUUUUUCAAUCCCGACAAGGAGGGAUGGCUGUGGAAACAAGGCGGCAGGUACAAAUCGUGGAAACGAAGAUGGUUCAUUUUGAAUGACAAUUGCUUAUAUUACUUCGAAUAUACGACGGACAAGGAGCCAAGAGGUAUUAUUCCAUUGGAGAAUAUUCGAGUGCGAGAGAUCCAAGAUCGAAGUAAACCACACUGUUUUGAAUUGUAUGCAUGUGGUGGUGCGGACAUUAUUAAAGCAUGUAAAACUGAUUCAGAGGGUAAAGUGGUUGAGGGCAAACAUUCCGUUUAUAGAAUGUCGGCGGCCACCGAUGAAGACAAACAAGAAUGGAUCAAUCGAUUAACACAAUCCAUUUCGCAUAAUCCGUUCUAUGAUAUUUUGGUGCAACGAAAGAAAAAAGCGCUCACAAUGAGCUAAUAAAAAAAUCAACAUGGCAUCAACGUAUGUGCAACAAAUCGAAUCGAACAAUUUCCGAGAUUUAUACUUACCUAACGAAUUGGUUUAGACAUAAACGACUUCGAUACACUUUUCAUCAAUUUUUUUCAGAAAAAGAAACUGUGGUACAAUUGUAGUUAACUGACGUAGAUUUUUUUUUCUUUUGAACAAUCACACAUAUUUUUAUCGCAUCGAAUGAGUUACACAUAUUCUGUGGUAACCAUAGCGUAAUUUUUUUACUUCUUCAAACAUUUCAUAUAUGUUUUUGCACUUUCACCAUGUUCUACCACAGUUUCUUUUCUCUGUGUUAUUGAAAAUCGAAUUCAAUACAUUUGUGCCAGAAAUGUUAUUUCCCAAGAAAAUUUGUGUUCCUUAACUGCUUCUCAUCCACAAAAUUAGCUUAGAUUUACCGAUUACUCAAUACAAUUCCGCCGACACCACAUAUGUUAAAUACAAAAAAAAGUAUUAUGAAUUUUUAAAUUAAGAGCAGCUAUAUAUACACUAUUUACGUACAAAUAUCGCAUGUUUAAAAACAAAUCACAACUUGUUCCUUCUUUAUAUAUAUAUUUUAAUUCAUUGUCAUUCAUUCAUCCCCGUGAAUUGUUUAGAAAUAUGUCAUUCUAUUCAUUUAAAUGUUGUUCAUCAUAAAAAAAUCGUUUUG